AUGAAGCUGGAGCCACUGUUGACGGUGGCAGAGAGGAGGACACUGGACAAACUGCUGGACAUCAUUGACAAUGCCAGCCCCCCCUUGCACACCGUCAUCAGCACCCAUAGGAACCUGUUCAGUGGAAGCAUGGGGCGACACAUGCGGUUGCAAAGGGAGGUGCCUCAUUUAAAGCGAAAGCGCUCACACUCUGCUGCCCGUGGCGACCAUCCCCAGAAGAGGAAGCGGACCUCCGUGGCCCGCCCUCCUAAACCUUCUGCUGAGAAUCCAGCUUCUGAGGUGUCGAACUCGGGUCCUGCUCCCCAGCCUUCCACCCCAGCUGUUGAGAUCGCAGGGUUAUCGGAUUUGGUCCAACAGCUUGAGGCCAACAUCUUGCCAGCUGACCUGCCGGUGGCGUCCACCGCGGCCCCCAUCCUCCAGCUCUCCUCUGCGCCGCUGCACCACGACGAGCCUCUGAAGAUACACAACCGCUCUGUGGAAGAGUACCAGCAGCUCUACCAUGAGGUUGUAGAUGACCUGCUGAGUUACAAGAACGGCAAUCUGCGUCCGUACAGUUUGAAGCUGGGACGUUGUAUCAAGCAGAAGCUGUGGGAGAGACUGGACCGUCCCACGUUCACUGAGACGGUCGGUGAAGACGGCCGGGUGCAUGUGGACGUCUCCUAUGGGGUCGGAGUCAAUCCUCCUCUUUAUGAUGUGGACAUUUCGAGAGAACCCAAGCCUGUGAUGCCCCCAAAGAAAAGAGCUGGGAACUAAGUCAUUGUUAUAGUUCGAUGAGGUCAAAUCUGUACAUAGUGCUGGAGAUUCAGUUUAAAUAUCGUAGUUUUAAGUUAAGUAGGCCUAAAGUAGUUGUAAGUUAAGUAUUGUAGUUUUAAGGUUAAGUAAUGUAGUUUUAAGUUAAUUAUGAGUUAUAAGUUAAGUGUUAAGUUAAGUAUUGUAGUUUUAAGUUAAGUUUUAAGUUAAGUAUUGUAGUUGUAAGUUAAGUAUUGUAGUUUUAAGUUAAGUGUUAAGUUUGGUAUUUUAGUUUUAAGUUAAGUUUUAAG